AACGGUGCUUUUCCCGCGCUAGUUGGAUUCCAAUUGUCAUUGGAUUUGUGUCGUUUUCCUUGUCUUAUAUUUCACCGCUUUUACACGUUUCCUGUGCCAAAGAAUGAGUCUGCAGGACGAGAGUUUUCCAGCAGAUGAGCUUUUUGACCAGUUGAAUAAUUUAAGUAGUCUGGGCUCCAGAAACACCUGGUUUUCGGAACAUCAUCAGCCGGCCGCCUUUGAGCGGAAUGCGUCGCCAUUUUUGGAAAUCUGUUACGCAGAUGGGGAUCCGGAUGGGGAUGCGGAUGUGGCAAACAAGAGCGCCAAAACAUGUGUAAGCGAUCCCGUGGGUCGAGAAGAUGAGGAAGAUGAUGAUAUUGAUGACGGUGGUGAUGGCCAGUUGAGUGGCGAGAAGGCUCCCCUGAGAAACGGCCGCGGGAGCAAAUCGGUGUCCUACCAGGAUAUACACUCGGCUUACACAAAGCGCCGUUUCAAGCAUGUAGCCAGCAAGGUGGGCCAGUACAUAGCAGAGAUGCAAUCCCAGGACCAAAAGCGACGCAGUGCGUCGGGUUCUGGCUUCCAACGGCACAGCUCUAUGCCAGAAUACCUAACGCCAACUUCGCAGCGGGUCAAUGGCCACGAUAGUCACUUUAAGAUGGAUGAUAACUCCCACUCCAACUCAAACUGCAAUUCCAAUCCCAACUCUAGCUGUAGCUAUGAGCGAUUGCUGGCCGAGAACGAGAGCCUGCAGCAGGAUAAGGAUCGCUUGCAGGCCUACAACGACUAUGUGCAAUUACGCCUUGACAAAAAGGUGGCCGAUCUCCUUCAGGUCAAGCGAAAUUUCGAGACCUUACGUACUGAGCUAAGCGAUUGCCAGCAGAAGCUUAAGCGCCAUCAGAGCCACUCGCUCCGUUCUUUGAACUCCUGGCCGCCGAUGGGUAUUUCCAAGGCCACCCAAACGGAAUUUUCGGUGGCCACUAUCUCCUCCGAAAAUGCAUUGGUCACGCCUCACCCAUUAAACAAUGUCACCUACAACAGCAGCGAUGGAUCCAUCGAGAUGGCCCUGCUCAGUGUGGGACCCGCUGUUCGAAUUCCUCAGACUCUUGGUCAGUCCAAAAGAGUCAUUCAUCCACAGUCCUUGGACUUCAGCAGUGUUAGCGGUGAGGGAGAUGGGCACGUAACAGGCGAGGCCCCAGGCUCCUCAUCCAGGGCCCUGGCUAGAAGAGCCCCUGCGCCCAACAAUUCGGAGAGCAGUCAGCCGAGCAGCAACGACUCGGCCAUCGAGGUGGAGGGCCACGAGGAGGAGCGAGCCACUUCCAGACAGUGGAGUGGUCAUCGCGAGGGCAUCUAUUACUUCGACAAGCGCAAUAAUCGGGUUAUCGAGGUGCUAGGUAUUAAUCUCGCCCAGAAUCAGAGUCAGAAUACGAGUCAAAAUCAAAGUAUCAACGAUAGUCAGGCACAGUUGCUAGUCCAUUCGUUAGCACAGUCCCAUGUCCGCUUCGGCAGUAAGAGGACCACCAUUGGCAGUCGGAUGCUCAGAUUCUUGGGCCCCUGCGUCCGAUGCAGAAAUAAUGACCCAUUGAAUACUAGCAAUUCCUAUACGGUAGGAUUGCCCCUUAUGCCAGAGGAGGAGUUCACAGAUCCAAGGAACCGGCGAUAAUACGUUUUCUUUUUUAUUAAUUUAUUAUUGUAUUAUCAUUUCUUGUUAUUUUAUGUCGCGUUAAGUUUAUCUAUGUAGUGAUCAUUUUUUAUGGCAAAAGUAUUUAGUCAACCAAAAUAUGUGCAUGUUUAACCAAAAUAAAAAGUUCAAUUAAAAUUCCAACCAAACAAACACAA